AUGUCCCACCUCUGCGUUACGUCGCGCUGCGACCUCCAUGGUUUCAUAAUUUUGAGAGUCAAGCAAGUUGUAAUCGUAAUCGUCCAAUUCUGGUAUGGCCGCAUAAUCACCCUCCAUGUUUUCCAUCAAACUCUCUCCAGAGCCGUUGUCGGACGAGUCGCUUCCAUAAUCCUUGCUGCGGGCGGCUCAUUCGACUAUGAAUUACAUGUACUGGAUAAUGCUAAAGCCUGGGAGCACUUUAGCGCGUCUGACCUCCAUUCCCUGCAGGUGCACAGCGCCGGCAUGGUCCAGCUGCGUCGCCUCGAGGUCGUAGGCCUCGUCGACCGCGUCGACGACGAGGACACGAGGAAGCUUGCAAAGGGCAUGCUCGAAGUCGCUCCGAAUUUUCAAGUUGACCAUGCUGCUCUAUGGUGGGUUCCCGUCGAGAGCAUCGAGGCGGUUGUGAUUGCAGCACACACGCAUGAUGUCGCCUACGGCGACUUGUGGUGGCUGAACGGCGUUAAGCGUGUGGUCGUCUGCGGAAAGCAGAUUACGGAAAGCGGUAAGGAAAAAAGCAUAGAUGUGGAGGGAUUCGACAU